AGAAACAAGCAAUUCUGCUUCACUUCCCAUGUUAAAUAUCAAACAGUGCUCACUUUCUUCAAUAGCUUUCUUUCAUAGCAUGAGAAGUUGCAGCAAAGGCCAAACGGGUGCAGAAGAGUCUGAACCAAAAGGAAAUAGCAGACUCAGAAUGAGCUCUUCCAGCACUAGCAGCACAAAGAGCUUAUCAUGGAAGCUUGAAAAUAUUGAUGAAAGUGUUCCUGCUCUUUGGCAACCACCUACAGUCUCUUCUUGUGAUGCACCUGAAACUCCUACUGAGUCUAUGGAGUUUCUUGCUAGGUCAUGGAGUCUUUCUGCUAUGGAGCUUUCUAAAGCUCUUUCUAAUACUCAUGUUGCUUCUGAUCAUAAUGUUAAAAAGCCAAAUUUGCAUUCUGUUGAAGCUGAAGGGCAAGAUGAAAAUGCACAAGCUCGCAAAGAAUCUUUGCCGAGUGGCGCUAGUGGUAGCCCUCCAAUAUCUCCAAGAGACAGUGAAGAAAUGAAGGAAUUAUUCUUACUUCAUCAAGCACUCAAUCCAGAAUUUCUUUCCAAUCAACAACUGCUCAAAACUGGGCUUUACAAAAGCAUAAUUAAAGGGCGAACAAUGGGAAGAUGGUUGAAAGAUCAAAAAGAGAGAAAAAAACAGGAGAUCAGAACUCAUAAUGCGCAAUUGCAUGCAGCUGUAUCUGUAGCAGGGGUUGCUGCUGCUGUUGCAGCACUUGCUGCCUCAAAUGCCAUGUCUGCAGAAAUAGCAGCAGCCCGGCAUAAGACACCUUCCAAAACAUCAGCUGCAAUGGCUUCAGCAGCAGCUCUGGUAGCAUCUCACUGCAUUGAGAUUGCAGAGGAAAUGGGCGCUGAACAUGAUCAAAUCUUAACAGUUGUCAACUCUGCUGUUAAUGCAAGGACUAGUGGAGAUAUCAUGACCCUUACAGCUGGGGCAGCUACAGCCUUAAGAGGAGCUAACACUCUAAGAGCAAGGUUGCAAAAGGGGCAUGGAAGUACAGCUUUUGCUUUGGCGGAGGAAAAGGGUGAAGAAGGCAAAGAAUCUAACAUCGUAACAGCUUUGAAUUUUGUGACUAGAGGUGGAGAACUUCUCAAGCGUACAAGGAAAGGAGCUCUACACUGGAAGCAAGUUUCCUUUAAUGUGAAUUCAAAUUGGCAGGUGGUAGCCAAAAUGAAAAGCAAGCACAUGGCAGGAACAUUCACAAAAAAGAAGAAGUGUGUAGUCUCUGGAGUAUUCAUUGACAUCCCAGCAUGGCCAGGAAGGGAGAAAGAAGACAGCAAUGGACAAAGAGCUUACUUCGGGAUAAAAACAGCUGAAAGAGUAAUAGAGUUUGAAUGCAGAAGUAAAGGUGAAAAACAGAUGUGGACUGAGGGGAUUCAGCAUAUACUGAAUUGCCAUGGUAAUAUAAAACCUGAGUCAUACUUUGAUUGCUGCAAAAACUAGCCUUCGACUUUUGUAAAGUGAUUAACAACAAGAAAUGUAUAUUUCUGAGACUUCAUUGGCAAGUAAUAGUAUCAAGCAAAAUGUAAAUGCACUUA